UAUAUUCCGAUUAUGAUCUGGUUGGGCAUUAGCCUUGGCAGCACGGCGCUAGUGAUCACAUUCCACGAGCACGUCUUCUCUCUGCUCGACCAGCUCUCCUCGACACUGCGGCGCUGGGGCUUCAAGGGACGGCUGGCGCUCGGGGCCCUCAUCUUCCUGACGACCUUCCCGCCGCUACCACUGUACUCAACGCUCGUCAUCCUCGGCGGCUUCAGCUUCGGUCUUUGGGAAGGCUUCGUCGUUGGCUACGUCUCAGCUCUGACCGGUGCGAUCGUGGUAUUCCUACUUUCGCGCACGCUGCUGCGCAACUGGAUGGAGAGGCUGCUCGCCAAGAGCGGCGGAUUAAAGAAGGUCAUUCGUGCGAUCGAGAAGCAGCCUCGGCUGCUCUUCCUCAUCCGUCUCGCGCCGUAUCCAUACAACUUGAUGAACACGCUGCUCGCCAGUUCGUCGACGCUGACGCUCAAGAGCUACACGCUCUGCACAGCGCUCGCGCUGCCGAAGCUACUCGUCCAUUGCGCCCUCGGAACAAGCAUCAAAAGCUUCGCAACGUACCAGCCCCGUGGCGGAGGAGGCACUGCUAAGGAUGACGAUGGCACAGCCUCCACGGCGGAAAAGGUAAAGGAGAUCUUCGGAUUCGUCGGCGUUGCGCUAUGCAUCGGCAUUUUUCUGUACCUGUUCUCUGUCGCGCGGCGAGCCGUCGAUGAGCUGGAUGACGGCGAU